AUGUCGACGGGUUAUGGUCAACCACCGGAGAAAGGGCUUCAGUGCAGUCAAACCGGCCAACGAAAAGACUUGAAACUCGUCGACAAUGCUAUCGGAUUGCACGCCAUCGAUGUCGCAGGUGGGGAGCUGGAAGAUACUAAGCGCCUACCAUUGAUGCCUAAGCCAAAAGUGAUGUUUAUCGUGUUUUCCGCCAUGCCAGUACUUCUCAAAGAAGACUCACGCAAAGACUUGAGUAUCAAUGCUGGCCUCGACCUCGAGAUGCCAGGCACCAACAAGUGGCGCACGCUUGAUCUCAUGAACAGGUCCAUUGGCUCAUACUUUGUGACCCCGUAUGAUGGCAUUACCGCUGCGCUUCCCGAGGACGUGGAGGUGCUCUAUAGCGAGGGCACUAGUACCUACAUGGAGAUGCCCGUUCCCGCCUUCUAUUUCGACCCACUCAUCAACCAGAAAUGCAAAGGAGGAUACGUUGAUAUGGGAAAACAGGAUUUGCCUCCUGAACACUUUCGCAAUGACAAGCGCGUCCACCUUGGCGCUUUGAAAUACGUCCCUCACGCUGUAAUGAAGCUGCUCGAAAACAUUCCAUACCCUUGGGAGCAGGUUCGCGAGGUGCCCGUCCUUUAUCAUAUCACUGGCGCUAUCACUUUCGUCAACAAGAUUCCCCGCAUUAUCGAACCUGUUUAG